CAGCCGCCCCCGGGGGAGCCGCCUUCGCUGAAGCCCGGCGGCCCCGGAUCCUCGCGAGAUGCCCAACCCCAAAAGCAGUAAAGGCGGCCGCAAGAACAAACGCGCCAACAGCAGCGGGGACGAGCAGGAAAAUGGAGCCGGGGCCCUGGCGGCGGCGGCCGUGGCUGGCGCGGCCGGCGGGGGAGCCCUGGCCUCGGCGGCGGGCUCGGGAGCCGCGGCGGGCUCGGGAGCUGCGGGAGCCGGAGCGGGAGCGGCGGGAGCGGGAGGAGCGGCGCCCGGCGCGGGCUCGGCGGCUGGAGCGGGAGCGGCGGCGGCGGCGGCGGCGGCGGCCGCGGCCGCUUCGAGCGACGCCAAGAGCGAAGCACCUUGUGCCACACCACUCAUCUGCAGCUUUGGAAGGCCAGUUGAUCUUGACAAGGAUGAUUACCAGAAGGUGGUCUGCAAUAAUGAGCACUGCCCUUAUAGCACCUGGAUGCAUCUUCAGUGUUUUUAUGAGUGGGAAAGCAGUAUCCUGGUCCAGUUUAACUGCAUUGGCCGAGCCCGGAGUUGGAAUGAAAAGCAGUGUCGCCAGAACAUGUGGACCAAGAAGGGCUAUGACCUGGCCUUUCGUUUCUGCUCCUGCCGCUGUGGACAGGGUCACUUGAAGAAGGAUACAGACUGGUACCAGGUGAAGCGCAUGCAGGAUGAAAAAAAGAAGAAGUCCAUGUCAGAGAAGAGCACUGGCAGGCCGAUGGCAGAGACUGGGGAGGAGGUAAAAAAGUGCAGGCCUCUUAACAAGGCCCAGAAAGGACUGAGUCAUGACCUCCCAAGGAGACAUUCUAUGGACAGACAAAACUCCCAGGAGAAAGGGGUCAAUGCAGGGGGGUAUGGAGUGCGUUCCCCUUGUGGCUCUCCUGGCCAGUCUCCUCCUACAGGGUACUCUAUUCUCUCUCCAGCUCAUUUCAGUGGACCCCGCUCCUCAAGAUACCUAGGGGAAUUUUUAAAGAAUGCCAUUCACUUGGAGCCACACAAAAAGAAUAUGGCUGGAGGGAGCAUGUUCCGAAAUGCCCACUUUGACUAUGGGGCAGCUGGUUUGCCAGCACACAGGGGUGGGCAUUUUGAUGCUCCAGUGCAAUUUUUGAGGAGGCUUGAUCUCUCAGAGCUCCUGGCUCACAUUCCCAGGCACAAGUUGAACACUUUCCAUGUAAGGAUGGAAGAUGAUGCCCAAGUAGGCCAAGGGGAGGAUCUACGGAAAUUCAUUCUUGCUGCCCUUAGUGCCAGCCACAGAAAUGUUGUAAACUGUGCCCUUUGCCACCGGGCCCUCCCAGUAUUUGAACAGUUCCCUCUAGUGGAUGGAACCCUGUUCUUAAGCCCAUCAAGACAUGAUGAAAUUGAAUAUGAUGUUCCCUGUCAUCUUCAAGGAAGGCUUAUGCAUCUGUAUGCUGUGUGUGUAGACUGCUUAGAAGGGGUUCAUAAAAUAAUCUGCAUCAAGUGUAAAUCUCGAUGGGAUGGAAGCUGGCACCAGCUGGGCACCAUGUAUACCUAUGACAUUUUGGCAGCCUCUCCAUGUUGUCAGGCCCGACUGAACUGUAAACAUUGUGGAAAGCCAGUCAUAGAUGUACGGAUUGGAAUGCAGUAUUUCUCAGAAUACAGUAAUGUCCAGCAGUGCCCACAUUGUGGGAACCUAGACUACCACUUCGUGAAGCCAUUUUCUUCUUUUAAAGUUCUGGAGGCUUAUUGACGAAAGCUUUGUUUUAGUAAUAGCUAUUUUAUGGGUAUUUCUACUUUAUUACAUAUCUUUUAUAGGAAAUACUCUGUUGACCUUGGUUUCUUUUCUAAUUUAAAGAAGAAUUUCUUUGUAUAUGGAUGUUACUAAAACUGGGUACCGACCCUGCGCCCUUGCUUGACACCGGCGUGUUUAGUUAGCGGUCAGGGCCUGAGCCCCAGUGAGUAACCUUGUGAGUUUGGGGGAAGGGGAUUACCAUCACUGAUUGUCUUUGAUAGAGCUUUAAGUUAAAAGAUGACAGGGAGGGUGGGGAGAUUUUUGGGAAGGGAUGGUGUGGGUACUGAUCACAUGGUAGAGUCCAGCAGUUUGAGGAGAUGGGAAGAAGCCCUUACUAAAAUGAUAGACAGUUCCAGCUGAUCUAUUUUCAGAUUUUCCCAGGGGUUUGGGAAAACUGUGUGACAUGUGAAUGUAAAUCUAUGCCAGGAGGCAAACAGUGUUUGAGUCUACAUCUUGGCAUAGUGCUUUGCAGUAAACAUUGACACGGAAUUUACCUUCACUGACAGAUCAUUUGGAAGUGUCCCUGGUGUACUGUUUUCAUCAGUAUUGUAGUUUAGCAGUCAGGUCAAGUGAUUGCUACAAGAAUUAAGUUCCAAGUUAUGAUACAUCUGUUUGAAGCUGUUUGUGCUGCAAAUAUUUUUAGGCAAGGUUUUCUCAUGACUUGGAGAGCAUUUUAAAUGACUUGUACUGAUGCACACUGGUUCAGGAAGGCAGGACUGCAGAAGCUGUGUGGUUAGAACUCUGUCUUCAGAGUGGUUUAAAAUGGCUUUUAAGUUGAGAAAUUCACCAGUAGUGUGGUCUUGACAAAUACAGGUUUGUACCAGUUGCUCAAUAGUGGUGGCACCUGCUGUUUUGCAGGUGAAUUUCGCAGCCAUGAUCCUUAAAAAUGCUGGUUAACUUCAUAAGAAGUCAGUGCCAUGCUUUCUGAAGAGUCACUUAUGAUCAUGUCUUGCCUAGUUAAUACUGAGCCUUCUAAAAUUACAUUUUUGACCAGAGUCAGGGUGGGAGAGGGUAUAUUUAAAGGAUGUUAAAAAAAGGGCUAAUAUUUCUAUUUGGAGUUUAUCCUUUUCACAUGGAGAAGUUAUUGAUAUUAAUAAGAGGUAUACACUAAAAUGUUAUUCUUCUAAGGAUUUUUGCAAUACCUCCUUGGCUUUCCUAGAGAAAUAUUAAGCAUUUAGAAAGUUGGCUUUUUUGUCUUUCUAAGAUGAAGAUUUCUAGAUCCUUAGAUCCCUGUUAGUGACUUUAGAAGGAACCGCAGCCCCCUCCUUCCCUUUCAAAAACUAUAGAUUUUGACAGAGAAUGUGCUUUUUCAAAAAGAAAAAAAACUCACUAAUUUCAAGUGUGACCUUAGUAAUUUGGUCAUUUCAAGUGUGUUGAGGUAAAUAGUCCCAAAGAACACCGGAAACAUUGUCACACACUUGAUUGGAAACUAGAGUCAGGGUUUAUUUUAACAUUUUAUAUUGCUUAACCAAUUUAUACCACUUUCAUAUUCCCAGAGGGACCAAGUUUGAGUUUUCAUUUAACAUUGUCGAGGCUUUACUGCCAGUGAGUUGCAGGUGUACCACAGACAAUGUUUGAUACUUUGUGGAAAGGCAGCAGCACUGGAGGAUCAAAAGCAUUAUCUAAUGCCCUUUAUCUCUCAACUCUGAUUCCAAAUGUGCUUUGCUUUAGCCAGUUUGGUGGUCUGAAAAAUGUUUCACCAUGGGGAAAAUACUUGAAAUGUUUGUGAGAGGCCAAAGACUGUACUUAGCCUGCCAAUAUUUGAUUGAAGCAAAAGAGGUUUAUGGGAAGCAAACUGUGAAUAUUUGUCUUUAAGACACAAAGCUAUAAUUAUGAACAGUUUUGAUGUUGAGUGCAUCAGGUGCAGAAACCUAAAUUUUCAAAGAACUUCUCUGUCUUAAGAGUACCAUUUGGACAUUGUUUCAGAGACUAAAGAGUAAAGUUUCUGCAGUGCAUUUCAUUUCCCAACGAAGAGUUUACGGUAAUGAAACCUGCUUAUAAUAUUCCUGUGGGACAUAUUAAGUAAAUUCUCCAUAAAACCAUAUUUUUUCCUUUAAGUUUUCUUUUUCCCAGGCCUUUGAAAAACUAUGGCAAGUUUUUACUAUAAUUGGAUAAAGUCUCCUUCUUAGCCCUUUAUUUUAAAAAUGAAUUCCAUUCAAGUCAACAAACAUUUAUUAAGCACUUACAUGCAAGGCACUGUGAUGACAUCAGGAUGCUAUGGAUUGUCUAUUUGUAGACAAAUUUAUGUAUUAUCUUUUUUUCAAAAAGAUAAUAAAUUCUACUGUUGUAGAAUCUUGAAGAUACCAUUGGCCUUCAAGUUGUCUGCUGUUUCCUAAAAGGAAAUUCUGCUGUUUUGGAGUAUAAAAUAAAACUGGGAUAUAGCAGCAUGUCGGUAAAUGUCUUGCCAACUAACUCAACUAAUUUUCCUUAACUUUCUCACAAAGUUGCCUGAGUUAUUUCUCAUUGACUAGAAUGUUGAUAAGAAUAAGAAAUAUGUCCACUAAAGAUGACCAUUUUAGGGGAGGAGUGAGAGGGUUAUGGAGGCAGGGUAUCGUGGGGGAGGGGGAAAAAAAGCUUUAAGAGACAUGAAUUACUUGAGAAAUGCAGUUUUGUGUUUCUUGGUAGAGGGUAGAGAAGGAUGACAUUCUAUAGUGAAACAUCUUUUAAGUGCAACUAUUACUUUCAAGAUGACUUUGCUUGUUUUCUUUUAAAUUUGGCCUUUGUUACUUGUUUUUUGUAGUUGCAUCAUGAGCAAAUAAAAUUCUGUGCAUUAGUAAAUCACAGUACAGUGAAAAGAUAGUUUUGAUGUCAGAUCUUUUUUUCUUUUCAGCCCAACCUUUGCCACUCUACUUGCUGUCCUUACCUCCCUCUGAAGCAGUAGAGACCAUGUGCUUGUCUCUUGAGGUAGAAGUUGUAUCCUGUAGCCAAGUGGAAUACCAGUCUUAUUUUUUUAAAAAGUACUUUCUCCCCUCACCCCGCUCCCUCCUUCAGAUCCCCCAAAUAAGCACAGGAUAGCACUGCACUCAGACAUAACCAAAAAACUUCCUUAAUUUCCAGCACUUACUAACAGCUGUAUUUAAGAGGGGGAUGUUUUUAUAUGGUGGUCUAAUCUAUUUGGACAUAUUAAUUUUGGGAUACCUAGAACUAACAGAUAUACUGAUGUAUAACUUGACAGACCACCUAAGAUAACUGACAUGCAGAAAUCAAUCCUUCAUUUAGUCCAAGAGCCUCCUUUCAAGUAUUAUCUGGAUUCUGCUGUGCUUAGAUCAGUGACUCACAGUUUACAUAUCUCUUUUAUCUAAUCAACUGGCUCCUUCAGUCAUUUUGAUUGGAAGUGGAAGGGUGGAGAGGGAGGGUGGGAUACUGGGAGGGGGAGGGGAGUGCUACUACUGUUCAGUCUGUGGAUACUUGCAGCAGAAUGUUGCCUAACCCAGUUGAUUUCCAUUUACUGCUGACUGUUAUUCUUGCCAGGCAAUGGAGAGAAGAUAUGGUGGAUGGGCACCAUUACAACCAGCUCAGAAAUGUGUUCUUGUCAGUAAAGGUUUCUUGUCAAGAUGUCUUGGAUUGCACUUUCAAAAAGGAAAGACAAUGUAUAUAGCAAAUGAAUGUUGAUGAAACUGAAAUGUUUGGUUAUGGUACUGUUGUGUGUGGUGUAAGAGGAUUUCUGUUUGUGAUCUGUCUAUAUUAAAAAGUAAUAAAGUUGCAAAAACCUCA